AGCAGCCAGCCACUAGAGGCUGUCAGCCAAAGCCUGGCAUGAGACAGAGACCGAUCAACUGACCACUCAUAACUAGAAAAUAAAAUCUCAAACAUAAAAAAUGUAAAUAAAGACAGUUGUACUUGGAACUCGGCGUGUAGAGCAUUCGCCAUCGAUAGUCGAUAGUUUGGGGACGCGAAGCUGGAAAAACAAAAAAUUUAUUUCAAAACGAGCCGGAGACUGACUGAUAGCCUAGGUGUCAUGUAUUUGAGAUUUGGUAAAGGCAUCGCUCUGACGCUUUUCAGCCUGCAGGUGAUUCAUUUGCUGGACUUUGCCCUUAGCUCUCCAUCGACGCGCUACAACUUGGAGGAGAACCGCAUUUCACAAAACUCUGAUGUGGAAUAUGUGGCUGAGAUAAUGCGCUUGGCCAAAUCGGCCGAAAUGCGCAACUUCAUGAAACCGGAUGAAGAUGUCUGCGAUAAUUUCUAUGAAUUUGCCUGUGGCAAUUGGCCACGCUUAAAUCCCGCAGAGACAACAGCCAGCCGCAAGACUUCAAUUUUUGAUUUGCUCGAAUCCACAUACAAACAGAAGCAGCUAAGGCUUUUAAAUGAGGACUACAGGGUGGAAGUGGAUUCUGUGGAAGAUCUGCUGGAGGAGCAGCAGCAGAAAUCUUUGAUGCUAGACAGCAAUGCCGGGGCGGUGAGGAAGGUCAAAGACUUUUACAAAUCCUGCCGCAAAAUGAGUUUGGUGAAAAAGCAACAGGUGGUCGAGGAAAUGAAGGCAAUUAUAGCGGAAUUUGGCAGCAUGCCUGCCUUGCUGGCGGCAGAAGAGAAAUGGGAGCAGGAGGAGGAGUUUGAUUGCUUUGGCCUUUUGGGUUCCAUACAACAUCGCUAUGGCUUUGAUAUCAUACUGCAAUUGGGCCUAAGGCCAGAUUUUGAUAACAAGUCACUGCACACCUUGUUUGUGGGCCAACCUGCCUUGAGGUUACGCACCAAAUCUGUUUAUCUGAGCAUAGCCACUCAAAGGCUGAGGGAGGAGUAUCAAAAGGGCAUAGAGAAGAAUUUGGAAGACUUUUUAGACCUAAAUUCGGAGACAGCCAAACUGGUGGCCAAAGGCAUUUUGGACUUUGAAAUUCAAUUGGCGGAGGGUCUGACUGAUUUCAAUACCGACAACAGCUUAAAGGCCUCCUCCAUACGUCGCUCAGCCGAAGAGCUGCGCUCUUUGUAUGGCAAGGAUAUGAAUUUUCUUAAAUUCCUUGAGGCCACUUUGGGCUAUGAGCUGAAUGUCACCUGCUAUGAAUACAGUCCCAAAUAUCAUGAAGUCCUGAAGGAGGUGCUGCUGCAUUCUCCCAAGGCCUUGGUGGCCAAUUACAUCAUGUACAAGCUGGUGGAGCCUUUUUUCAUGGCCUAUGAUCGUUCCUUUAAGGAUUUGGAGGAUAUUUGCCUGGAUAAGACCAAGAAGUUCUUUAAUCAUGUGCUGGACAAUAUGGUCUUUAGGAGCUAUGAUACUGCAACCUUGCAGCAUGAUAUUUUGACCAUAUGGCAGGAGGUCAAGCAAAGUUUCCGACAACAAAUGAAUAGCUCACGCAUGGAAUGGAUGAGUGAGCAGUCACGCAAAUUGGCCUUGGAAAAAUUGGAACGCAUGCAAUUGCACAUCAACUCCUAUGAGCAUCACAACUUUAGCCAGGAGUACCAGGAUGCCGCAAUCAAUGAUAAGGACUAUGUGGGCAAUCUUAAGCAGCUCAACCAUCGGCGUGUCAUAAAAUUCCUGCAACAACUAAGCCAUCAUGGAAAAAUUGAAAUGCCCAUACACGAGUUGGCCUAUACACCGGCCUAUAUCAAUAGUGGAAAUGUCAUCAUAAUACCGGUGUCCUUGCUGCAGCCCAACUAUUUGUGGUCCUCUCACUAUCCGCAGGCCUUGAAAUUUGGCACUUUGGGUUUUCUUUUGGCCCACGAGCUGCUGCAUGGCUUUGAGGAUAUAGGCAGCAUACAGCACUAUGACAAUGGCACCCAAAUACCACCCUGGUGGGAUGAGGCCACCCUCAAGGCCUUCAAAGUCAAGAGGUCCUGUUUUAAACAUCAAUAUGGACAUUUUCGCCAUAAUGGCAAAUAUUUGCCCACCUCUGAUUUGCAAUCGGAAAACAUAGCCGAUAAUGGGGCAUUGCAGUUGGCCUAUAAAUCCUACAUGCGUUGGCUCAAUCAACAGGCACUGGAAACCCUGGACGAGCUGCUGCCCAAGAUGGAGCUGAACAAUAAGAAAAUGUUUUUCCUUAGCUUUGCCCAAUUCUUUUGUGUCGAUGUGGAUGAUGUGAUGAAGGAGAAGGUGUCCUUUGUGGAUGUUCAUGCACCCGCCAAAUUUCGUGUCAUUGCUCCUUUGGCCAAUUUUGCAGAAUUUGCCAAGAUAUUCAAAUGUCCCCCUGGCUCCACCAUGAAUCCCUCUAGAAGAUGUGAAAUUUAUUAAUUUGAAUUUUGCGUCUGUCUGUCUGUCUGUCAGUGUAAUGCAAAUAUUUUAUUUUUUAAGCCCCACCUUCCUACACAUCGCUUUUUUUUACUUUUAAUUAAAUUUUUGAUUAGAUUAUAAGGAAAAUAAAUAAAAAAACAAAACAAUUUUAAAUAACAUAUAAACAAA